GACCAGGGCCUCGAGUUCGAGCCAGGCGUUCACACUUGCUGGGCGUUUCACGGCGCGGACGUGGACGCGAUAGAUUCGAUCAUCCACAACCCCAUGGCGGGCUUCCAGCCCUGCGCGUCCCGGGCCAACUCGUCCCUCUGGGGCUCUGGCAGCUACUUUGCCCGCGACGGGAAGUAUGUGGCCGACGGCGGCUUCUGCGGCGCCGCCUCGAACGGCACCCGGCAGAUGCUCAUGUGCUUGCUCACCGUGGGCUUGCCCUGCCUCGGCAGCCCCGAGCACCGGGGAGUGCUGCCCUUCCGGCAGAGGCCGCACCGCUACACGAGCUCGGUCGACUCGCUGUCCAGCCCCGAGGUCUACGUGGUUCAGCACCCUGGUGCUGCACACCCAGCCUACGUUCUCACUUUCGGGUAG